UGCAAGUGACGCGGAUAGUUAUUGAAUCCGGCCGUCCAACUGCCUCUACUCUAGGGACCUGCCGCGAUGCUGUUCAAGCCAGAUUUGGUCCUCUCCAGUCUCGGAAAAUUAUCCAUCGCGCGCCCACUGAUUUGCCCGCGAGCUGACGAGGUUGCGACGCGGUAGAUGGGGCGAGUUCUCUGGUGGUGAUGCGCACGUGGUUUGCGCGCUCGCUUUAUAGAUUGCGAAACCAUCCACAGAUUAUUGUUGCAGUAUACAUCAGUGGCAGCAAAACGAUGGCAGCAUUUCUAUUACGAGGCGGCUUGUGAAAAUCCGCGUAGCCCAACACCGAGAAUGAUUUAUUCUCGACGAGUAUUUCGCAUCGUCUGCAUUUCGUAAGGAGAACGCGGGCAAUUUACGAGACCUCAUCUCACUCAAGUCAAUCAUCAGCUACGCGUUUUCUUUUAAAAACACUUUGAUGGGGAAGCACAGUGUGAUUACGGAUAAAUGGCAAAAUGCCGCAGGGAUGAUGGGAAGAGCGGAUGUGAUGCGAGCACGACGCUCAAAGUGUUCGCCCGAUCGCAUACAGGAUGUAGGACUGUCUGUGCCCGUGUGUGUAUCUAGCGCCGUGAACGAAGCGAUCCACCGCGAUUAGAAACACUCUCGGUCGGAGUAUCUACGGGUGAUAAUUUUCCAUCUCAUCGCUCUGACGAAUAUUUUCCCGGACUAGUUAACCGUUUAAUGGCCGGCUGGUUAAAUUGUAUUGGUAAAUGCUUGUGAGAAGCAAGUCUGCGGGUAAUCUGCAUUUGGGUUUACCAAAAUCUUGUCAACAAGGUCUUUCAGUAUUCAAAGUCGCACUUGACUUCAAGGCUUUCAGAGACUUCGAUGUGAUUGGCUUGUCUCAAUAAAUUGCUUUGUGAUAAGCUUUUCUUGGUGUUCGCAGCGUGUAUGGGGAGUGCAAUCCAAGUAUAAGUAGUGGGUUUUGAACGAAGCUCCAAGAUUUUAUUUCCGGGACGAUGGCGAAGUCGGCGUGGACGGCCAACCAUGAUAUCGCCUCGGCAUCCCCCGUGAACUUGAGAGGCGCGCACGGUGACAGAGUUCACCUUAGUCCUUCGGGGGAUGAUGCUACCCCUCCGACACUCCCACUGAGAGGGAUCUUCGACAUCAAGAGGAAACACUACGACGUGGUGCUGGAGAAGGAUCGCAUCGGCUGGAGUCUUAUCUUACCGACGAGACAAAGUGCAGGCAGUAGGCGCAGUAUACACGAGUCGACAGUCUCCCUGCACGACGUGUACGCCGUCAGCAUCAAGAGAGUCCAGAAACCAGGAAAGAAUCGCGGGUACCCGGAGGGCGUGACCCUGCACGUGGCCACGCCCAGCAAGAAGGACCCCAACGUGCUGACGGAUGAACGGAUCACGCUGCGCUCCACCAAUGAGGACAACUGUCAGAAGUGGAGGGGCGCCAUAGACUCGGCACUAAAAGGCAUUGGUAAUCGCCCAUGCAAACUUCGCGCCUUCGUGAACGACUGGGUGAACGAUGGUGAGGCGACGCGUGUCUUCUACUCCAAGGUGGUUCCGGUCUUCCAGGCGGCGGGAACCAGACUUGAUGUGAUUGUGACGACCAGAGAAGGGAGCGCCCAUCAGAUACUACAGAAACUCGACUUUGACGGUUACGACGGGUUGAUGUGCGUUGGUGGAGAGGAUACAACGAGGGAAGUGGUGCAUGGUCUGUUAGAGAGGACGCAGCUGGAUGCGGACCUGGUAGAAAUCACCCCUGAUACCAAGCUUACCAAGUGUAACAUUCCGCUGGGAAUUAUUCCUGUCGGAUUGUUCAACCUCGUUGCCCAUUCUUCCCAGGGGACCAGCGACCCCUUCACGGCGGCAGUGCACAUAAUUCUUGGUCACCGCCAUCCGUUAGACGUUUCAGCGAUCUUCCAUAACGAGGCCUUCAUCCGUUUUGGCUUCUCGAUGAUGUACGGGUUUGGCGGGGACUGCCUCCGGAGGGCGGAGCAAAGGGCCAAGGGGGGCGUGAUCAGUGCCAGAGGGGUGGAGUAUGCUGUGGCCAAAUCGAUCUUCAAAGUAAGAACGUACCGCUGUGCGGUGGAAUAUCUUCCGUGUGAAUCUCAGGAGAUUAUCAGCGAGAGGUCACCCUGCAGAACGGGGUGCAACAGGUGCAAGGCGGAACAAUCGACCAAUGAAGAUACAGAAAGGGGAGACUCAUUAAAAUGUACGGAGGCAAAACAUGGUGCUGAUGUUGAUGACGUAGGCAGUUGCUAUGACACCGACACGGGUCAUGACAGAAAUGGCAGACUCAACAGAGGUUGCCAAGAUAUCGAGACACUUCCACAUAGAACUGAAGAUGAAACCAGCGAGUCACAGGACUGGAUAAGCAGCAAAGACGACUUGGUCAGCGUCGGCGCAAUGACCCUGCCUAACCUUUGCUCCUGGUGUCCGGCUGGCAUUUCACCUCUGACCCAUCUCGCCGACGGCAGCCUCGAUCUGGUGCUAGUGCGCAGCACAACGAGAGGGGAAUUUGUGCAUCACCUCAGGCGGCACGCUAACGCAAAAGAUCAGUUCGACUUUCCAUUCGUCUCCGUGCAUCCUGCAAGGGCAGUCAGGGUCCAUCCCCUUGGGGCAAACGACAAACCGUGCACGUCGCCGUUCGACGAGAGCCACAGCGAAGGGGACACGACCUGUCAAGAGGAGGCCUCUCUCGAAACCGACGACGGGGGCGCCUUACCUUCUACGGGCAAAGAGUUCUCCAUGUGGAAUGUGGACAUGGAGCUGAUGGCACCGGUUGCCUUAGAAAUCAGGGUACAUAAACAGCUUCUGACUGUCUUCGCCUCCGGCAUCCGGGACACUGGCCAGGCACAUCGGAGCUGCGCGUGCCUCUGACGUCAUCAGCCAGUCACCAUGACAACCGUGAAGAACAAAGGAUUCAUGUACCUCUUCAAACAAGACAUGAACAGACUCAUUAGUGCCGCAGAAGCAUGAUGAGUGCGGCAAUUGCCGCCAAUUUACUUUUAACAACCUUUGCGAGGUUGACAAGAUAACAAGACAGACGCACGGGUGCUGUAAUAAGGAAAUAAAAGUCUCCUCUCGUAAGCUGUCCACGACGAUAUUAAUUUUCCCAGGUGAAUGUCCUUAAGAUGUUCUCGUCCUAAAGGGAUGUUCAGUCACCUGAUGUCUUUCUAUUUUAAAGUACAAGAUUUAUGCAGUCACAUCUUCAUAAAACAAGAUGAGGAAAACCUAGCAUGGCUGAUUGAACUGCGGACACAUUUCUAUUCAAUCGAUUCAUAGUUGCUAUUCACUGGAAGCUGUUUCCAUGCUGAACCCCUAACGGAGUACUGUGCAAUAGCACUGCCCGACUCUCUGGGACCAGCAAAGCAAUGUGUAUCAGACAUUUAGACAACGGUUGAUGAUGGAAACAGUGGCUAAGUUGACGAGUAUAACGAGUUAAAUGAGAGAUUGUUAAAGCACCUUUGCAUAAUUAGGGGAAUAAAUAUUAUGUGCUCGACCGGUUUAAAACAAGACAAUUUUGCCUAAAGCCGGAUAGGGGCCUAGACGUGGAUGAAGGCUAGGGUUUUAAAUGUACUUGUUUAAUACCGGACAAGCCUUUGCAUACUCAUUCAUAAAUACCAUUCGGUCAAGAGGUUAAAACAAGAAAUUUCUUUUUACAAAUUUCCAACGACUUUACUCCAUUUUGGUGAAAAAAAACUCCUCGGGCCAUGUUUAUGGCAUGUGCCUCGCGCGCUUGAUGUUAAAUAUUUCCUUUUUUUCAAGAUUGGAGCGCGUUCGGCACGUACUGCGCUAUGUGGUGUAGAACGCAGCGGCAUUUUACCGGUGGUUUAAAACCGGCCACGUGACGGGCUCUCGACCAAUAGAAAUGGGUAAACUGUCUCAGGUAUUUAUGAAUUAACAAUUGUUGCUCAUUGCUUCCCUGAUGAUAAAAUCAAACGGGAUUUUCUGUACUUUCUAAUUGUUAAAAUUCGCGCUUCCAAACUUUUGAUAGUUCUGUUCUUAUUAACGUCCCCAAGAUUCCGCAUAGAUGAUUGAAUGAAACUGAGGAGAAAUGUGGAAACACGUUUUAAAGUUAUGAUCCUAAAACUGCAUUGACAGAAUUUACUAUAAACUGAAAUAAAGU